AAAGAAAUGAUAUUUGAGGUUGGCUUGUUCAAACUAACCUUUCCUUUGACAUGGUAAUACAAGCCCUGCCAAGGCGCCAUUGCUGAUCAUCUCAGCUUUCUUCUUCAGACUUUCUCUCCGGAGGGGCGUGUCAACCAAAGUUCCUCGCUAGGCCCUCUUUGAUCAAGCCUCAAUCUUUCUCAAACCAUUUCAAGCUAUAAUCUGCAACAAUCUUUCCCACCUGCAAGUUUCACCAUAUGGGCACUUCUGCUACAACGACAGCCGGCCUCAGAAUUUCGGUGCUUCUGCUGCUUGCUUUCUUCACCGCCCGGAUUUCCAUCACUCAGGCGGCCACCAACGGCGGCGACUGUAAGCUACUUGCUUGCUUGUGUGUUCUUCUUUUUUCCUGUCGAUGAGGAAAAGUUGGAAUCUUUAACUGGAUCAGCUGGGAAGCUAUGCUCUUUUUGUCUAUCAAAUGAUGACGAUCUACCUAUUACCGCCUUUUCUCACCCCUCAGCUUUUUUGGGGGCCCUUGGAAUUUCAUCAUCCUGUUUUCUUAACUAAUGGCAAUGGAUCCAAACACUGUGCAGUGAGUGUUCUGAACUCGCUCAAGGACGUCUGGGCAAAUACUCCUCCCAAUUGGGUUGGUGGUGACCCUUGUGGAGACAACUGGGACGGCAUUAGUUGUAGUGGUAUUCGUGUGACCUCCAUAACAUUGUCAAGCACUGGAUUGUCAGGUCAACUGUCUGGAGACAUUGCUUCCUUGUCUGAAUUGCAGAUCCUAGAUCUGUCAUACAACAAAGGGUUGAGAGGGAAUCUGCCACAGUCAAUUGGGAACCUGAAGAAGCUCACCAACUUGAUCUUGGUUGGUUGUAGCUUCUCUGGUCCUAUCCCAGACUCCGUAGGAUCACUUACCCGGCUCACAUACUUAUCUUUGAACUCGAAUGGUUUCACCGGAACAAUUCCUCCUUCAAUUGGCAACCUUAUUAACCUGUACUGGCUUGAUCUGGCUGACAACCAGCUCGAAGGCAGCGUCCCAGUCUCAGAUGGGGACACACCUGGCCUUGAUCUCUUAGUCAACACUAAGCACUUUCAUUUCGGAAAGAACCAGCUCACAGGCUCCAUCCCUACUAAACUUUUCAACUCCAGCAUGACUCUCCUGCACGUCCUAUUUGACAGUAACAAGCUCACUGGCAACAUUCCCCCAACUCUUGGACAAGUGAACUCAUUGGAGGUCUUACGGUUGGAUAGAAACUCGUUAACUGGAACUGUCCCAGGCAGCUUCAACAAUCUCGGAAGUCUUACUGAACUGAGUUUAUCCAACAAUGAUCUGAAUGGUCCUUUUCCAAACAUCACUGGCAUGACAGUCCUUAGCUCUAUGGACAUGAGCAACAACAGCUUCGAUUCCUCGAGUUUUCCUUCAUGGAUAUCAUCCAUGGGCUCCUUGACUACACUAAUGCUGGAGAACACACAACUCCAAGGACCAGUUCCUGCUGGUCUCUUCAGCCUUCCCAAUCUACAAACCGUAAACUUGGCGAGGAACGAUUUGAAUGGCAGUCUGGACAUCGGACCGAGUCACAGCAGCCAACUUCAAUUAAUCGACAUGCAAUCCAACUUCAUCUCCGACUAUAGACAGAGACCAGGCGCCAAUGACGUUGACAUAAUAUUGCUGAGGAACCCAGUUUGCGAUGAAACUCCAAAUGGACCAAGGCAGAGCUACUGCAUCCCGCCGGACCGAAACUCCAAAUACACGACUCCUUCAAACAGCUGCGUGCCAGGCCGCUGUUCAUCUAACAAGACCGCCAGCCCCAACUGCGCAUGUGCAUUCGCAUACACGGGACUGCUUGUAUUCAGGGCGCCUUCCUUCUCCGACUUGGGCAACGCCACCAUCUUCACCGCUCUCCAGAGGUCCCUAAUGGACAGUUUCAGGUCCACCCAGCUCCCCGUCGACGCCGUUCAGCUCAGCAACCCUAGAAAGGAUUCGUCCGAGUACCUCGACAUUGACCUCAAGGUGUUCCCCUACGGCCAGGAUUUCUUCAAUCGGAGUGGGGUUUCCCGAAUUGCAUUUUCCCUGAGUAACCAGACGUUCAAGCCGCCGUCGAUGUUUGGACCCUUUUUCUUCCUCGGCGAUGAGUAUACACAUUUCGACGGAGGAGGGUCUGGAUCGAAGAAAUCAGCGAGCACUGGGAUUAUAAUUGGAGCUGCAGUUGGCGGGAUUGUGCUAGUUCUUAUGGUGAUCCUGGCUGCGGUUUAUGCAUUUAGGCAGAAGAAGAGAGCACAGAAAGCAACCGAACAGAGCCACCCUUUUGCUCACUGGGACGCGACUGAGAACACAGGCGGGUUCCCGCAGCUGAAGGGAGCGAGAUGCUUCUCCUUCGACGAGCUCAAGAAAUACACCAACAACUUCUCAGACGCCAACGCCAUUGGCUCUGGAGGUUACGGCAAGGUGUACAGAGGAGUGCUGCCCACUGGUCAUCUGCUGGCCAUAAAGCGGGCGCAGAGGGAAUCAAUGCAGGGAGGGCAUGAAUUCAAGACGGAGAUCGAGCUGCUGUCGAGAGUUCAUCACAAGAACGUGGUUAGCCUUGUUGGGUUUUGCUUCGAGCAAGGUGAGCAAAUGCUCAUCUACGAGUAUGUCCCUAAUGGCACUCUCGGUGACGCUCUCUCAGGCAAAUCAGGGAUCUCAAUGGAAUGGACUCGACGGCUGAAAGUGGCACUCGGCGCUGCUCGAGGGUUAGCCUAUCUCCACGAGCUCGCCGAUCCACCCAUCAUUCACAGAGACAUCAAAUCCGCCAACAUUUUACUCGACGAGCGCUUGACUGCCAAAGUUGCAGACUUUGGCCUCUCCAAGCUCAUGGGCGACAGUGAGAAGGGUCACGUUACCACUCAAGUCAAAGGAACCAUGGGCUAUCUCGAUCCUGAGUACUACAUGACGCAGCAACUGACAGAAAAGAGCGAUGUGUACAGCUUCGGAGUCGUGCUGCUCGAGCUAGCGACUGCAAAGCGGCCCAUCGAAAGGGGGAAGUACAUUGUGAGGGAGGUGAAAAUGGCGAUGGACAAGACGAAGAGCCUGUACAACUUGCAGACAGUGAUCGACCCGGCUAUCUGCAACGAGUCGUUGAAAGGCCUCGAUAAGUUCGUCGAUUUGGCCAUGUCGUGCGUGCACGAAACAGGAGCAGAUCGGCCUUCGAUGGGCGACGUGGUGAAGGAGAUCGAGCUCAUACUGCAGCAGGCCGGAUUGAACCCGAAUGCAGACUCUGUCAGUACCUCGGCGACAUACGAGGAGGCAGAGAAAGGAAGCCCUCGCCAUCCUUAUAGCAAAGAGUCGUUUGAAUACAGCGGGGGUUUCCCGCCUUCCAAGUUAGAGCCCCAAUAAGAAUGAACUGUUCUACUGUUAUGCUUUGUUUGACAUGGAAAUGGGUAGAGUGGAUGAUUCAUUUAAUGUGUAGUAAGCUAUAACGUUCUUUUCUUUGUGCUCUAGCUGUGCUGUUCUUGAGUAGCACCAAAGUCCCAAAACUGUAAUUGAGGAGCCUUUGAGCAACUAGAAGAUUGUUGCUCCUUUUUUUGUUAACUUUUGUAGAUAUCAUAGUGAGGAGGAGUGUGGGUUUCGUGAUUUGAUUAAUGGGAUUUCGAGUUAAUAAACAGAGAUUUGGAUUCUAGUCAGAUCAGUAUUGUUACUUAUAUACACUUUUUUCAGGU